GAAAGAAUGCAUCAGGCUGCAGCUGUCAUUAAGAGGGCAUGGAAGAAAUGGAAGGAAAAACUGGAAGCCUUAGCGGCGGUUGAGCUUGAUGAUAUUUUGGAGAUGGAAAACACGCAAUCAUUAUCUGGGUCUCCAGCUAAAGUUCUGAAUACUUCAAUAACAAAUUCCAUGCAAGACAACCCAUUGAUCACAAAUGAAGUGGUUCAGUCCUGGAAUCUUGGUUUUGUGUUGUCUCGUGCUCCACCAAUCAGGAAGAUCGUAAUAGCUGAUGGGUUUCACAGGCAUUGGUAUCUCCUGGCAUGCUUAAAUGUGCUUAACAGAAAUAAGGGUUACAAGGCAGAAUUUAUUCAAUCAGAACAUGGCAUAGCAUCCAUCCGAGCAUUACCUCAGAGACGCAUCAAGUUCCACUGCAAGAAGUCGCCGUUGCAUUUUGCCAAUAUAUGUCCUGAGGCAUUUAACUGCAGUGUAUCAGGAUUUAAUGAGAUCUUGCUGGAAAAAUUAGAAAGAUAA